AUUUAUCUCAUUUAUAAAAAUCAAUGAUACAUUCAGAAGAAGAGAGUGAGAACAGUUUUACACCAGAAUAAGAGUAAAUAAUUAAUUUAAAGAUAAGGAAUGAGGAUAAUAUAGAUGAAUUAAGGAAUAGAGACAAUAAAAAGUAUGCGAUUAUUGAUUAAAAUGUUCGCAUAUAAUUAUUACGUCGUAUACUCUCGAAAUAAACAACAAUAAAAGAGGCAGCAAAGGAAUUUGGGAUAAAUUUCUCUACAGCAAAAGCAAUUCUAUAAACAUAUAGAAAAGAAGGUCGAAUUGGUAAGAAAAAGACAAGAGAUCGAAAUAAAAGUAAAUAGGAUUUAGGAGAUUUUAAUCAGACAAGAAAGAUUUAAUCAAUGUACAAUCUUGAACAACCUUUAUAAAUGAAAACAAUAAGUCCAGAGAAAAUACCUACACCAUAACCUUUUUAAUAAACAAUGAUUCCAGUAAUGAGUUCGCCAAACCUUGAUAAUACAUAAAUUGCAUUGGCACUUUGUUAAAGAGAGUUGGCUUAAUAAAAAUUAGUGAAUUUUUAAUUAAUGAUGAUGAUCUAAGUAAAAUAGUAAUCUAAAUAAUUUUAGAACUUUAAUAAUAUUACACAACUACAAGUCAAAGAAGAAUCUAAUAUAAUUAAUUGA